UGUUAAAUUUUAGUUGAAAGAAAUUCCAAUAAUGUAGCGAAAAAAUAUUACAGAAAAAAAGUUCUUUUUUUACAACUUAUUGUAGCCGCUCCUGAAUGUCUUCUGUAAUGAUCACUACUGAACUGAUUUUAGUUUUUGGAGGUUUUAAAUAAAAUUUUGAUGAUCACAUCACGUGUUUAUAAUAACUAAUUAUAGUUUUUGUUAUAAAUCGUUAAAUGCAUCAUAAUAAUGUUUAAGUGAAAUUUAUCAAAUGAGCAAAGAUAAAUGUAGUCUGUAUUAGUUUACUGUGUUGAUAUAAAUACACCGGUUUCAUUAAAACAAUUAAUGAGUUCAUUAUAUAGUGUCAUAAAUUAAAUAUUUUCUACAAAGAACUAUCAUUAUGAAUACUAUUCUAACAAUGCAUUUAAUUUAUAGACGUAUUCUUACUCUACGAACAGUCAAUAAACAAUAUCUACAUUCAUCUGUGAAUGUAAUGAGUGCAAAAGACUCUUCUUCAGAUUCUUCUUCAUCGGAUUCUGAUUCAGAUGAUGAUAAAAGCAAAAAAGAAAUAAAAAAACAGCCUGAAAAUAUUCCUUCAAAAACAAAUAAAGAAUCCAUUGAUUCAUUAAAUAAUCUAUUAACAAAAAUGAUAACAGAAACAUCUGCAUCGAGGACUUUUCGAUCAGCUCCAAAGCGAAUUAAAGAGCCUAAACCAUUAGAGAAACCAACUCUAGAACAGUCAAUUAUAACUGCAGCUAAAGAAACAGCUGAUUAUUUGGGCGGAGAUACUGAAAAAACUCGUCAAGAAUUAGUUGAUAAAGUUUUUUCAACAAGAAUACCACCUCAAGCUCCAGGAACUGAAGAUACUAAAAAAAAGAUACCAAAGGAAAGUAAAGAUACUAAAGCUGGUUCAGAAAUAUCCUUGAGUGAGUUAUUAUCAGGUAUGAAAAUAGAGCGAACUCAAGAUAAACCUUUACCUCAGAGUAAAUAUUCAAGAUCAUCGAAAAUUGAAGAGUUAUCCAAACGAUUUCAGCAACAUGGAUCUGGUAUGAUAUCAUUAAGAGUUAAAGAAGUAUCUGUAAAUUUAUUUGGCGGUAAACGGCUAGGAAUUUUUGAUGAAAUACAAGAAGAUAUAAUAGCUACUCAAAAUCAAGAAAUACCAAUUUGGCGUGCUCUUGAACAGAAAGAGCUCAAAUUAUUACUCGAACAUCCUCCAGAAAAUAUAUUCCAAGAAAUGAUUCAGUGGACUGAGACAGGAUUGCUAUGGAAGUUUCCAAUUAAUAAUGAAUACGGCUAUGAAGAAGAAGAAAGUGUUCCGUUUUCCGAACACGUAUUUAUGGAACGACACAUUGAAGAUUGGUGUCCAAAAGUAGGACCUAUUCGUCACUUUAUGGAGUUAGUCUGUAUUGGUCUUUCUAAAAAUCCGUACAUGAAAGUUCAAGAAAAAAUAGAUCACCUAAUGUGGUAUAAAAAUUUCUUUGGUGAAAGACAAGAAUUACUUAAAGAAAUUAAUGUGAUUAAAGAAGAUAUUCUGCCUUCAAAGAGUUCUAAACAGAUUGAAGCAUAAUUAUUUGUAAUAAAAUAAUAAAAAUGAAGAUGUAUAUUA